AUGGAGAAAUCUCAACAGGAUCGACCUACCGGCAAUGAGAAAGGGCUAUCAGUCGCAAAAGAAAUAGGCCAAGAUGACAGUACUGGCGAGAUCAUUGAAUACCAGGCAUCCCCUGAAGAGGAACGUCGACUGUUGAGGAAACUUGAUCUUUUUUUUCUGUGGGGUGGCGUCCUGAUGUGCCAUGCAGCUUGCCAGAACUUCGCUGGAUUGAUCACUGCACGAUUCUUUCUCGGAGUUGGUGAAGCUGCGGUCGCACCAGGCUUUGGAUUAAUAACUGGGAUGUUCUAUAAGCGCGAAGAGCAGCCGGCACGCCAAGGUGCAUGGUUCGUUGGCAAUUGCAUCGCCAACAUAAUCGGCGGUGUUGUCGCAUAUGGAAUCGGGCAUUCUGCCUCGGAUCUACAGAGCUGGCGCCUCUUAUUCCUGGCCUUGGGAGCCAUCACUUCCGGUUAUGCGGUAUUUCUCUUCUUCGUGCUACCUGAUUCGCCUGGCACGGCUUCAUUCCUCACACCUACGGAGCGAACCAUUGCCGUGCAACGAACACUGUCAAAUAAAACUGGUGCCGCUGAAUCCACGCCAUUCCAAUGGAGCCAAGUUAUGGAUGCAGCAAAAGACCCGCAGGCGUGGCUCUUGGUAUUUUAUACCUUUUGCGUGAAUCUUGCCAAUGGCGGGCUUACCAGCUUUGGUGCCAUCAUUGUUAAAGGAUUCGGUUACUCUGCUUUUAAAUCAUUGUUGAUUCAGAUGCCACUAGGUCUUUCUCAACUUGUCUUCCUUGUCAUUACUGCGACUAUCGCCACAUACAUCGCGUCCUCCCGCAUCCCAGCAAUGGCGCUCAACGUCAUAGUCUCCGUUAUUGGCACCGCUAUGAUAUACACACUUAGUGACGAACAGAAGAUUGCGAAGAUGGUUGGACUGUGCUUUGUCGCGGUUUUUGCUGUUAACAUUCCCCUCGUCUUGAGUGUCGUUAGCUCAAAUGUCGCUGGUGUUACGAAAAGAAGUACGGUCAGCGUUGCGGUUUUUGCUGCCUAUUGCGUAGGAAACAUUACCGGUAUCCGUGCCUCGCUAUGCGGACUUGCAUUGGGUGUUCUUUUCCUUAUUUUACUUUUCUCAUUCUAUGUCUGGGAAAACAAGAGACGAGAGUCCAAUCAGGGCCACAUGGAGAUUACUAACUUGCAAGAUCUCGUUGCAGAACAAACGAACAAGACAGACCGACAGAUUCCUAGUUUUCGGUAUGCUCUUUGA